AUGCAGCCUGAGCCAGCUCUUUUGGCCUCCUUUCUACUGCUGCUGCCCCUGGUGCUUCCAGGACAGCCUCAGCUGGUGAGAAGUGCAUUGAACUCCGUGGAUGAGAGUGGUACUUUCCAGUGUGUGGUUCAUCUGCCCAACAACUCUAUCUUCCUGCAGCAGCUGGAGCAGCUACAGAGUACAUUACAGGAUCUCAUUGGCAAGUAUGAAGAACAGCUGUCCAGGGCCAAGGAGUAUGCUUAUAUCACUGAAGAUCAAGACAGCCAGACUCUAGAACUGAGUCACAUGCUGGAGUCCAAGAAUCCCGGUGUAACUAUGUCCCAGUAUGACAACCCAGCCUUCAACCUGCUACGUCUGGAGCUGGAAGGAGCGCAAGAGUUGGCAGCCCAGCUUCAGGCCAAGGCAGGUGUCAGUGGGGCCACAGAGCUCCUCCAGCAACUCCAGAACCAGGUCACUAAUGCCAGUCUGACCCUGAAGCUUCUGGUUGACUCUGACUACCAAAGCUUCCGUACUCUCCAAGAGGAGGUAGACAUCCUUGAGGGCCGACUAAGUGAGUGCAAGAGGGAGAAGGAACAGGAACAGUCUUCCAGCUACUCUGGUCCACCCCUGGCUCCCGGUUCCUGCACUCAUGGAGGCCUACAGAAAGUGAGCAGACCCCUUGUGCUGAAGCUCAACUGGAGGGGUUUAUCAUACAAGGCAGGUGCCUGGGGCCGAGACUCAGCACCCAAUCCAACUUCUUCUCUUUACUGGGUGUCUCCUCUGCGUGCUGAUGGCAGGUACUUUGACUACUACAGGCUGCACAGGUCCUAUGAUGACCUGCUGCUGCUGAAGCACUAUGAGCAGUGGAAGAUGGGCUACGGUGAUGGCAGCGGCAAUACCGUGUACAAGAACUUCAUGUACUUUAACUACUAUGGCACAAGAGACAUGGCCAAGGUGGACCUUUCUUCCAACACUCUAGUGCUGCGACGUCCGUUGCCUGGUGCCACCUACAACAACCGCUUCUCAUAUGCUAGUGUGCCUUGGACUACCUUCGAUUUUGCUGGUGACGAGAAGGGGCUGUGGGUGUUCUAUGCCACAGAGGAGAGCAAGGGUAACCUGGUAAUAAGUCGUCUCAAUGACAGCACCCUAGAAGUUGAGCAAACCUGGUAUACCAGCCAGUAUAAGCCUGCUCUUUCAGGGGCCUUCAUGGCCUGUGGGGUGCUCUAUGCUUUGCGCUCACUAAGCACUCGUCAAGAGGAGAUCUUUUAUGCUUAUGACACCACCACUAGUCAGGAACACCACCUCAGCAUCCUGUUGGACAAGAUGCUGGAAACACUGCAUGGCAUCAAUUACUGCCCUUGGGACCACAAGCUCUAUGUUUACAAUGAUGGAUUCUUAAUAAAUUAUGAUCUCACCUUCCUGACACUAAAGGAAAAGCUGCCAAGCUCUCCCAUUAAAAGGGCUCCUGGGGCUUUAGCUCCAUCCAAACCUAUCAAGUUCAACAAACCCUCCGGCCAGGAGACUCUGACUGAUCAGGGUACUCAUAAAAGUAUAUUGUCUUCCUCACCUCUAGAAGGACAACUUCUUUAAUAACCAUCUACCCAAAUGAUUGAGAUACAGUGAUUAUGUUUAAUUCUGUAUGUAAUUAAUAUCUCAAUCAACACAUUAAGGUACUAAUAAUGGCCUGUAAGGAUUCGAUUAAGAAACAAAAGGCAAUAUUUGCUAGAGAGGGUUUGGAAAGGGUAGCGGUAGCGGAGUGCUAAAUUAUGUGUUUAGCAUGCACCAGGCCCUACAUUCAAUGCUUAGCACAGUGGGUGGGGAAAAACCUCAUUAUUCAAUCCUUGGCAUUAAAAAAUAACAAAAAAAAAAUUAGCUAGAGAACUGUUGCCCCUUCUCUGAUGUUUGGGCAUCAUGCUUUAAAACUUACCAGGAUAGUUCCUAGAGUUCUAGGAUUUAGUGACCUUUCAUUCUCAGGGUCAAGUUGGGUGCAUCUGAUUCCAGUAUAGAAGAUCCAUGGAAACUGGUAUUGAGAGUGGGGUGCAGAAGUUCCCUUCAUAACUCCACACCCCUGAAAUGUUGUGCAGAGAAAGGGAGGGAGAAUAUUGGUCUGAAGAUAAGUUCUUCACUGCCCUCAGCCAGUCUCACUUUUGAGUAGAACUGAAAGAGGCACUUAGGCCUGACCCUGGUCUAGGAGGUUAGCAACUGAAUUAGGAUAAGUAACAUGGGAUAUGGUUUGGAGUGUGGAUGAAGACAUUCUCAAUAAAGAC